AUGGACGUUCAGCCGCCCACGCCCGUCCUCGACAUCGACGAAGUGCUCCCCGGCACGCGCUGCGUCUUCAUCGACGAGUCCGCCAGCAGCACCUCCGCCAACGGCCUCCUCCAGAAGCACGACGGCAUCGUCCUCGUCCCGCAGCCCACCCAGUCGCCCAACGAUCCCCUCAACUGGAGCCUGCCGCGCAAGAUAUGGCACACCGGCCUCGUCUGCUUCGCCGUCGCCCUGACGGCGGCAACGUCCAACGUCGCCGGCUCCGCCAGCACGGGCGUCAAUGAGGAGUAUGGCAUCAGCUACGACGUCUUCAACACAGGCGCCGGCGUCCUCUUCCUCGCCAUUGGCUACUGGACCCUGCUGAGCUCCCCGGCCGUCCACCUGUACGGCCGCCGAAUCUUGUAUCUCGUGGGCGCAACCUGGGGCCUGAUUGGCAACAUAUGGUUCGGCCGCCUCAAGACCGCCGAGGAUGCCAUCUGGACGCAGCUCUUCGUCGGGGCCUCCGAGUCCGUCGCCGAGGCCGUGGUGCAGCUGUCCCUGCUGGACAUUUGGUUCGAGCACCAGAACGGCACGUCGAUGGGUCUCAGCCUUGGGUGGCGCUGGAUCGGAUACCUGGGCGCCAUCAUGUCUGCUUUCAACUUUGUGCUCUUUUACUUUGGCUUGGAAGAGACGUCGUUCCCUCGCGAGAGGUACCAGCAGGCGGCGGAGAACCGAACGCCGGCUGUGCCGACGAGCAACGAAAAGGCCAUUCGCGGCGAAGCAACGAUGAAUGGCGAUGAAAAGACGAGCGGCGACGAAAAGGUCACGGCCGGCGCGUCAGACGAAGAGGCCCGCGAGACGGACCAGUUCUCCGUCAACUACACGCGCCCCAAGUCGUACUGGCAGCGCAUCGCCCUCGUCACGCCCGCCCCCAACCUGCGCGGAGUCGGCGCCAGGCAGUACGUCGGCCGUCUGUGGCACACGCUGCGCAUCUUCACCUUCCCCGCCGUCUGGUUCGCCGGGCUGCAGUGGGGGAUGCAGAACAUUGCGCUGUCCUUUUACCUCACCAUUGAGGAAGACUACUGGACCGAGGACCCCUGGGACUAUGGGGACGUCGCUGUGAGCAACAUGAACAUUCCCUGUCUGAUCGGUAGCAUCCUCGGCUGUUUUUACGGAGGCUACCUCAGCGAUCUGUUUGUGCUGUGGGCCAGCCGGCGUAACCGGGGGAUCCAGGAGGCCGAGUUCCGCCUCUAUCUCAUGUUCUUGUGCGUCCUCAUCUUCCCGACGGGCAUGUGGUUGUUCGGCAUCGGUUCGGCCAAGGGGUGGGACUGGCCCGUCCCGUACGUCGGCCUCGGCUUCAUAGGCUUUGGCUACGGCUGCGCGGGCGACCUGAGCCUGACGUACCUCGCCGACUGCUACCCGGAUAUGGUCCUCGAGGGCAUGGUGGGCGUUGCCGUCAUCAACAACACGCUGGCCAUGAUCUUUACCUUUGUGGCGAGCUACUGGUUGGACACGGGCGUCAUGGACACCUUUAUCGAGCUGGGUGUUCUGGGGUUCGUGAUUCUGAUGCUGUCACUGCCGAUGAUCGUGUGGGGGAAGCAGGCGCGGCGGUGGACGAAGCAGCGGUACCUGAACUUUUUGGAGAUCCGCGACGGAAUGGGGCACUGA